AUAAGGACAGCCCCUUCCUGCAAAAUAGGGGAGUUAACACAAGGAAGUGACUCAUGCAUGCCGCGUGCUGAUUGGAUGAGGGAAGAUCCUCCAGAUGGACUGCGGCUGCAAGCUCCAACCACAGGCUGCAACACAGGCAGUGAAUGACAGGGUUGUCCUCCCCACACUUGGUCCACUUUUUUCCCAAUAUCAUACUCAUCAUCCUUGGGAACAGCUCUGUAGGCUAUGACUGUGGCAGGACAAGGCACCCGGACCAGACGGAGGAUCGACACCUUCUGGUUUCUGGUAUAAACUGUCCGGAGCGGACCAGAGCAGCACGUCAAAACAUCAGCAGAACUAAUCAAUCAAUGAUGAGCGGCAUCAGAGGACGUGCAGUGAAAAUGCAGAAGCUGAUAUUUGAGCUGAUGGUGCUAGUGGGAGCCAUAGGUUUAAGUUCUGGUGCCAUUCAGAGACCUGACUAUGAUGACACACCUAACCCGGAGUUCCUCAACCCGUCCUGGAUGGCCAGCAUCCCCGAUGAUCAGCCUCUGUCUGAGGUCACCAUCCCUGGGACACACAACACCAUGGCCCUGUAUGGAGGUGUGUAUGCUGAGUGCCAGACCUGGAGCUUGGCCUCCCAACUCCGAGCCGGCGUACGCUUCCUUGACAUCCGUGUCCGGCACAUUAAGGGGAACCUCACCAUCCAUCACGGGGUUUCCUAUCAGCGGGCACACUUUGGCCAUGUGCUUGAAGGUGUGGCUGACUUCCUUCGAGAGUAUCCCAAUGAGACAGUGCUGAUGCGUUUGAAGGAGGAGUUCAGUGAGACGAAUGACAUAUACGGUGCUGCUGUGGACUACAUUAAUCGCUAUGCCCACUGGGACCUGCUGUGGCACAGCCGGCUUGUACCGACCAUGAGAGAGGCACGAGGGAAACUCAUCAUCCUGCAAGACUUUUCCGGGCCAGACUUAGGGAUGCGCUAUGGUUCCCUGGACAUAGCUGAUCACUGGAAGAUACCCACACUACUGCAUGUGGAGGAGAAGUGGCAGAGUGUCUAUAAACAUCUGGAGGCUGCACCUGUAGGAAUCAAGGCCCAGAUUUUUCUCACCUACAGCAGUGGAGCGGGCUUGUUUGCGUACCCCAGAGCUGUCGCUCAGCGCAUCAAUGCACAACUGUAUGGCUACCUGAGGGCCAAGACGGACCUGAACCAGAGCUUUGGAAUCAUAUGCAUGGACUUCCCAGCUGCUCCUAUUAUUCAAAUGAUCAUUGACUUCCAGCUGAAAGAUGUCAUAAAGACAAGACAGCUCCUUAACGCAGUACAUAGCAAGGGUUUGAAAUAUACAAUUUCUUCACUGAGAAAGAAGAUAAUCAAAUCAAGAAUGAGGGAACAGUAGAACAGGCAAUGGCUAUACAAUUAAUGAGGCAUCACUAUACACCAAAUACUGCAGUUGUAGCUCAGAUUUAAUAGUUGUAACCUUAUUGUAUCAAACAUGAUCUAACCUUGGAUAAACCGUCUUAUUGUGUGUUGUGUCAUUCACCGAAGAUACUGGAAACAAAAUAAAUGCCAAAUAAAAAUAAAUAAUAAAGUUUCAGGAAUACACUUCAGUGAA